GGGUCCAGUUCGGCUGUAGGACGGGACCACGAACGCCGAAGACGCGAUGGAGAACUCGGGCACGGCGGCCGUCGCCCUGGAUUCGACGGCAGCGUCGGUGUUCCUGCGACGCGAUCCCCGCACCGAGGGCUGGGCCCUGGUCGGCAACAAGGAGUUCAUCAUCGGCCUGAUAUGCGCCUACGUCUACGUGGUCAAGGUGGCCGGGCCCCGCUUCAUGCAGGGCCGCAAGCCGUACGAGAACCUCAAGCCCGUCAUCGUGCUCUACAACGGCGUCAUGGUGUUGCUCAGCCUUUACUUCAUGGUGGCCUACUUGACCAGGAGCUACCUGGGCGGUGGUUACAGCUUCGUGUGCCAGGGUAUCGACUUCGACAGUCGCGACGAAUUGACCAUGAGCUUCCUGGCGCACUGCUGGUGGUACGAGUGGGUGAGGAUCGCCGACUUCCUGGACACGGCGUUUUUCGUGCUGCGAAAGAAGGACUCGCACAUAUCCGUGCUUCACGUCGUCCACCACGUCCUGGUGGUUUUCAACGGCUGGUACGGCCUCGCGUACGGAGCGGACGGACACAUCGCCUUGACCCUGAUCUUCAACAGCUUCGUGCACGUGGUUAUGUACUCGUACUACUUCCUCUCCCUUCUGGGUCCCGCAGUCCGCAAGCACCUCUGGUGGAAGCGGUACCUCACGCAGCUGCAGAUGAUCCAGUUCGUCAUACUCAUCGCGCACGGGCUGGUCCCGUUGUUCCUCGAGUGCGGAUACCCGAAGGCACACGUCUACAUUGGUCUCCCGCAGGGACUGUUCUUUCUCUUCAUGUUUCUCAACUUUUACCUGAAGAACUACAACGACAGGAAAAAGAUGGCCGCACAGAAUGUCUCCAAGAACAAGCUUCAGUGACUCCGUUUUUACAAAACCUUGACUCCUUUUUUGUUUCUUGUUUUUUGUAUGAGAGUAUAUGUAUUUUACAACGCUUGUUCAA